UGGCGACGAGCUAACAGCAUGUGGAGGUGAGGAGGGAAUUUCAUUUCGUUUUUAUCCCGACAGAAGUGGGUUGGAUAAGAACAAGUUGACUGGAAAAGAGCCUGGCGAAUCAUGCAAUCGGUGGCCCUUUACGGCAGGCUGCUUGCUCGGGCGAUUGUAACAGGAAUUCAUAGUGAAAUUCAGUUGAAAUCUUCAGUGGACAGGAAAGAGCUCCAGUUCGUAACUGGAGCCUCGGGAUUUUCCAAGAGUCUUUCAAAACCUCAAGGACCCAAGAAGUGGACUUUUGGAGAUGACGCUUAUUUUAUAGCCAGGGAUAAAGUAGCAGAUGUCAUUGGUGUUGCCGAUGGAGUGGGAGGAUGGAGGAGUUACGGUAUUGACCCUUCACAGUUUCCCCGGUCACUCAUGAACAUCUGUGAACGACUCGUCCGCGAGGGCCACUUCCGUCCACAAGCCCCGGCCCACAUGAUCGCUGACAGCUAUGAAGAACUCCUACAACAGAAGGGGCCUCUGAUAGGAAGCAGUACUGCCUGUAUCGUGGCACUUCACCGUGAGGAGCGAACAAUGUACACAGCUAACCUGGGUGACAGCGGCUUCCUGCUCAUCCGUGACGGAGAGGUCAUCCACCGCUCCCAGGAACAGCAACACUACUUCAACACUCCCUUCCAGAUAGCAGUGGCACCCCCCACCCAGGAGGGACAAGUCCUGAGUGACAGCCCAGACAUGGCAGAAAGCACAUCUUUUGGUGUCAAGGAAGGGGACAUAAUCCUUGUUGGUACAGAUGGACUGUUUGACAACUUAAGUGAAGAUAUGAUUCUAAGCCACAUAGCUAGAUUGAAGGACCACAGAGAAGAGAGUGUUCAGAAGACGGCGCAUGGCAUGGCAGACCACGCCCACACCCUCUCCCUAGACCCAGACUACAUGUCCCCAUUUGCUCUCUCCGCAGUGGACGUAGGCAUUGACAUCAAAGGAGGCAAGCCAGAUGACAUCACUGUUGUUGUUGCCCGUGUAUCAAAUCUUUGUCAGGAUGACUUCUCCAGUAUCACAUGAUGUUAGGUUCACCUUAGGAAAUAUUUCAAUUUCUGUAGUUAUGUCCCCUUAGAUACAAGGACCCACACCAGAGGGCUUCUGUGGUCCAUGGAAAUAGCAUACCUUGUAGUUGAGUGAGAGCCUGGUACAUCUGUCUUUGUGUGCGUGCGUUUGUAUGAUAUUAACACUCAAACAAGAGCAUCUUGUCACUCCCAUCGUAGCAUCCGACAUUAUGCCUUUGAUAGGAAUUCAUACACGAAAAGGAAGUGCGGAUCUGUGAACAAAGAUUCACUGUGCUCACGGAUUAAGCAUAGUCAUUUUUUUUUUUUUUUUUCCCCAAUGUGAUCAAACAUCAUAAUACUUGGAACAGAUUUCAAGAAGAUAUAUGUGGUGUGGGUUCUGUCUGGGAAUGAACUGGUGUAUCAGGCUUCGCCGGCUGAUCCAGUUUGAUAGUGCCCUGUCAUUGAGAGGUCCCAUCAGGUUUGGGCACAUCGAGCAGCCAUGAAUGCAGCAAGCACUUCUUCUGUAGGGUUACCACACGAACACCACAGCAGUGGCACUGGAAUAUUUGAACAGUCAACUGUUUUCACUUCAAGUGAAACUGACACAGCCCUUUGUUUUUUGGGGGUUUUUUUUACCACUAACAACCAUGUAUUCUGACAGCCAGGUUAUUUGCUUCAGAUACAUGUAUAAACUGUUCUGUAACAAAAACCUUGGUUUGUCAAGCAGUUGCAUGGACCCUUAUCCAGUCUUAUUAAAGUCGGAUAAAGCAGGUGUUACCGGUGCUGUCUUGUUGCAAGCCAGAUUUAAAAAAAAAGAAAAAACAGUCACCCUACUAUAAGCCUGUCUGCUAUUGGACCAUUCAAAUUAUUGCUUCUUUAUUUGGGAAGUCAUGUGACAUCUGUUCUUAAAGAAAGAUUGAUUGUGAUUGGUCAAGUUUGACCUCUCCAACCAAAGGAGGGUCAUUUGAUGUCACAGUAGAUAUUAUGGUAAAUGACCUAAAAUUUGGCCCUAAGUUUUAGCUGAUUCAAAAAAUUCUGUCUAUCUUAGAAACGUGUUUUGAGGUUUGCGUUGAAGGUCAUCUGGUAUCUGUCUCGAAAAAUAAAAGUUUCAGCACUGUCAUAUUUUAUGACCUUUUUUUGACUCCGAAAAAGGCUGGGUGAAAUUUUAGGGCAUUUACCUGAUUUUUAUGCAGUUUAAUAGCAAAAAAGUCUGCAUAGGAUGUGGCUACUAGAGAUGACUUCAGUGAGUUUGAAUGCUCUAUAGAACCAUGAUAUUAUUUUAAUAAUGCUGCUUGAACAGUUACUGUUGAUUCGAAUUAGGGCUACGGGUCAAUGAACUUGGAUGUGUCCAAUGAUGUGUGGAAACAUCCUGGUGAAAGGUCAAGGCAGCUAAUUGUGUGUUUGGGACAGGGUAACCAAAAUGCUGGAAAUAUGCCAGCAACAUAAUUAAAAAUCUGAAGAAAUUGAAUUUCAUGCCCAAAGCUAAACAGAUGUACAUUUGUGGUAUCCCCUUGUGAAGAAUUGUGUGGAACAAAAAGAGAAUCGAUUUGUGUUUUAGAAAUAGUUGAGUUUUCAGGUGAUUUUGGGGAGUUUGUUACUCAGAAUGUGUGAGGUUUUGAUGUAAAAUAUGCAGCAUUCUAUAGACAUUAAUGAAACAGUGUAUUACAUUGGUUGUGCAAGUUGGGAGUAAAAAGUUUGUACACAUAGUUUUGACGGUUCAUGUAUUAAAAAUAUAUGACUGAGAAAGUUUUCAGGAAGUCUGAAGACUUUGUUUGGAGAUAUUAUGGGUAUUUUCCAGCUCCCACCAUUUUGUAAAGUUGGACAAUGUGAUACAGUGUUGCAGCUGCGAUGCUGUUCUGCAGUUUCAUUAAUCCAGAUAAUCUGUUAAUCAGGAAAUGAAAUAUACAUGUACAUUAGUUACAAACAGAUGUUAAAAUUGUCAAUUUCUUUAUCAACCAGCAGAAAUCUGGACAUUUCAGGACAAAUCGUAUUGGGCUGUAUGUGUGUGUGAAAUGAUUAAUGCUACAGUUUUGUUGCCAUGCAUGUAUAUAUAGGCCUAUUUUACUUAUUAACACUUAAAAGGAUUCGUGGACCCUAACUGUUAAAUGAUGAAGGUAAGUGUUAGUAUUCAAGUUAAUAAUGAAAUAGACAAAAAGAAAAAAAGUUUUAUUUUGUUAAGCUGCACAUUUGCAGUUUUGUUUUUUAUUAAAUUUUAUAUGUAUUUUUUGUCAGCACUCUGGAUUUUAAAAGUGAUGUCCAAAGCAAAUCAGGAUCAGUAUAACAAGAAUGCUGAUGUAGACCCUAUACAAACACUUGGAUUUAGUUCCAGUCCGAAAGCAUUCAUCUCCACUGUUUUUCUCCUGAUAUUUCUUUUGGCAGUGUUAACAAUCUGCGUCACUGGCCUAGCUCAUUAACUGUCAGGAUGUUACCUUAGAAUUUCUAAAACCUUACAUUUAAUGCCAUUUGUACCCCUGAUUCAUCAGCCUGAAAAGCUGUUAUGUUUCAUGAAUCCUUUUAAGUGUUAAUUGCAGCAGACAGUUGUCUCCCCUGUCUCCACCUUUGUGUCUCCCUUUCCUCCAAAAGAGGGAGCUGUGUACAUUCAUCUUGUUACCCAUUAUCCAACCACAACUGACUAUUCCACAGGCAUCUCAAGUUCCAUUAGAGACUGAUGGUAAAACUAUGGAAUCAAUAAUUUGCUAUUUAUUAACAACCUUUGGACAUGGAAUUUUUCUCUAUGCACCGUUGUUAUGAUCUGUGUUAAUUAUGUACAUAGUGCUGAAUUUUGUCAAGUUACUUUGUACAAAUAAGUACUGGCAUUUUGAAAAUGUCUGUCAUGGACUGCAUGUGUAAAGUAAGGAUUCCUGUCACAGAUUGUUUUAAAAUAUGCUAAAAAUUAAACAUGUGAAAGCCCGGAUUUAUUCUUGAUACAAAGCAAAGAAUGCUUUUAAAUAAUCUGAGGACUGAUGGUAAUGCCAGACUCGAAUCUUGAAAUGCUUCUGAACAAUUCUCUAGUGACAUAUUUUGCGUCAUUUUAAAAAUUUUAACCAGGCCAUGAAAUAUAUCCCCGGCAAGUUACUAUGAUUAUUAAAAGUCUUCGAUAGUAACUGUAAACCCUCUGUUCAGAUUAGGAAUUUUUCAAUCAUUUUUUAAGUGAAUAUUAAAAAAGCAAAAAAGAAGGAAAAAAAAUUAAAAUCCAAGAAGGCAUGCAGUAAUUUAAGAAGAAAGCAUCUAUACUUUCUUCUCUUGUUUUCGUGGUUACUUUGUCAUUACUAUGUGAAGAUCUGAGAGAAAUUCACCAGAAAUUUAAACAUGCAGGAGAUAUGCAUUUAGACUGAAUAUUUGAGUACAUUUAGAUAUCUUUGAGGAUUAAGUUAUACACGUAGUUAUAGAGAUGUCUGGAUGUAUGUUCCACGUAUGUCUAUGUAAACAAAUUACAGCAAUACAUGCACAUAAUACUGACCGAAUCUAUGUGUACACUUAAACAACAUGCUGUAAUUCAUCAACCUAUUCGCAUGUUUCCAAGGUGUUUAUUCAAGCGAAUUCUGAAGGCAUUAUUCUGUCCAGACUGAUAAAACUACAUUGGUUGGGUGGUCCAAUUUCAGGGCUUCACAAAAAGUAUAAUUUUGUCUCCAAAAUCAAAUAAAUAACAUUCAUAAAUUACACUGAAGUUUGCUCUUUCCUAUGCGAAAAGGUUGAGGAAUUAAGGCACCAUAAUAAAGUGCAACAGAUAUAACCAGAUGUAUUUUUCUGUUACAUGAAGGACAAACUUGUUUUUAAAAUUGUAAUAAACUGUUAGAGCCUUAAGACUUACAUGGGAAUGUUUCACGAGGAGGAUGUUUUUUCAGUUGCAUAGUUAAUAAAUUUCUGUUUAUAAACUUAUAUAAGCUUAUAAAUAAACUUGGACAUUACAAAUAGGAAAUAAAUGAGAAAAACUUACGAAUCAUCAUAAUGCUCUUGAUUAUGUGGUAUUUAAGGGGACAGUAAUAUUACGGUUAUUUUAAAGUUGUUUAGUUAGACAGUGUACCUUUACAGCAAACAUCAAAUUAUUACCAUGUCUGAAUUUGUCAGUUUGCAUGCAGAGGAAAAUUUGAGCGUAAUAUUUACAGUUGUAAAACAAAAUUACGUGAAAAGCUAUUUUAUGUUUGCUCAACAGUGUUUAACUUUAUUUUCAUUUUAUUCCUCCCCCCCCCCUCCCCCCCCCCCCAUGUCAUUCCAUUUUCCGGUGUCCAUUGUUCGAAGAUGAAGUAUUGUACUCCCCUGGGCCCAGUUUCACAAAGAUGCCGUACAUGUAUGAGAAUCACACAUAUAGGAGAAUGGCAGGGUAAUCAUGACAUACAAAAUAUCGUACGACAAAAAAUGCUGUACACCUUUUUGUGAAACUUGGUCAAUUUGUUUUGUGUUAAAUAUUUCGGUAUUAUACAAGCAUCAAUAUGUGUGCUUUACUGAAGUGCUUGUGCGAAGUAUUCCAAUAUUUGUUUCUGUACUACGCUUCGAUCUCUGAAUGAAUUCAACUCUGACAAAUAUGUACACUUGUUAAAUUUUUUAAAAAAUAUCACAAACCUCCAUCAUGUGCAUUAAAUUUUCUUUUUUUUUUUUGUAAAUUCUGAAUUUUGCCAUUUUUGGUCAAACCACAGUUACUACAACUGAUUGUUUGUUGACCACGAUAUUAACAGUAGGGGCAAGUUGUGUAAAGUUGUAAAAGCCACAUUCGCAUUUCCGGCAGCAGUCAAAAUUUCGUGAGACCUAGCUCGCUGGAUGCCAGUUUUCACUUAUAGGUGUCAAUCUUAUUAUAUACUACAUUAAAUACCAGUUUCAUUGAAAUUUUACAUCGCAAAUUGUAUCUUCAUUUGUUAAACAAUGGAGAAAUUGAAACUUUCAAGUAGAUAGUGUUAUUUUGAAGUAGGCCUACUUCUGUUUUAUUGGCCACGGAAAGCAGCUGCUACCACAACCAUGAAAGGUGGUUGUCCGCUACUGGAGCCAAUUUGCCCGUAACUUCUAUGUUGUGGCGAGUGUAUUGGUGUGCUGCCGGUAAUCUGAAUGUGGUUUAUGGAAAGGUAAGCCCAGCUUAAAUCUCAUCAUCGUCUCCUCGCAAUACUAUGAAAAUGGCACUUCAGUCUGGACUAAAAGCUAAUACAGGGCUUAAGUCCUAAUUACAUAUCUACACCUUCAAAGAACUAGUCCCUGGCACACACGUUCUCUGUCGUGUUGUUGCUUUCUGGAAAAACACAGACAUGUAGGUUGUGUAGUGCACAACACUUGGCCUAAAACCACAUGGGUUUCCUCCCACCAUAAUGCUGGCCGCCGUA